AUGUUCCUUAUUAUUUUCCUGGCACGUAUCCCGGCGGCAGUGGGACGAAUCCCGGCGACGGGACGUAUCCCGCCGACGGAACGUAUCCCGCCGACGGAACGUAUCCCGACGACGGGACGUAUCCCGGCGACGGGACGUAUCCCGCCGACGGGACGUAUCCCGCCGACGGAACGUAUCCCGGCGACGGGACGUAUCCCGCCGACGGAACGUAUCCCGGCGACGGAACGUAUCCCGGCGACGGGACGUAUCCCGCCGACGGGACGUAUCCCGCCGACGGAACGUAUCCCGCCGACGGAACGUAUCCCGCCGACGGGACGUAUCCUGGCGACGGGACGUAUCCCGCCGACGGAACGUAACCUGCCGCCGGAAAUAAAACCCCUGGUGGUGGCGAUGGGACGUUGUCCUGGUGGUGGCGAUGGGACGUGCCCUGGUGGUGGCGAUG